UCUAAGGGGAGCCGCUGUCCCUGGCCCGCCUGAAAGAAUCAGAGUGCCAGGAGGAGACUGAGUGCCUCCUCCCUGGAGUGCAGGGCCAGCCGGCCAGAGCUCGGCCCGGAGCGUGGGGUAUGUGCCGCUAACGGUCCCGUCGGGCGGGCUUUCCUGUGCGGAGCGCGCGGGCCGUGAUCCCCAGCGAUGGAGUGUCCCGGGAGACGGCGGGCAUGACGGCGACAGGAUGGGCGCGAACAAUGGCAAGCAGUACGGCAGUGAGGGCAAAGGCAGCUCCAGCAUCUCAUCUGACGUGAGUUCAAGCACAGAUCAUACGCCAACCAAAGCCCAGAAGAAUGUGGCUACCAGUGAAGACUCCGACCUGAGCAUGCGCACACUGAGCACGCCCAGCCCCGCCCUGAUAUGUCCUCCGAAUCUGCCCGGCUUUCAGAAUGGAAGGGGCUCGUCCACCUCCUCGUCCUCCAUCACUGGGGAGACCGUGGCCAUGGUCCACUCCCCGCCCCCGACCCGCCUCACCCACCCGCUCAUCCGGCUGGCCUCCAGGCCGCAGAAGGAGCAGGCCAGCAUAGACCGGCUCCCGGACCACUCCAUGGUCCACGUCUUCUCCUUCCUGCCCACCAACCAGCUGUGCCGCUGCGCCCGCGUGUGCCGCCGCUGGUACAACCUGGCCUGGGACCCCCGGCUCUGGAGGACUAUCCGCCUGACGGGCGAGACCAUCCACGUGGACCGCGCCCUCAAGGUGCUGACCCGCAGGCUCUGCCAGGACACCCCCAACGUCUGUCUCAUGCUGGAAACGGUGAUCGUCAGUGGCUGCAGGCGGCUCACAGACCGAGGGCUUUACACCAUUGCCCAGUGCUGCCCCGAACUGAGGCGACUGGAGGUCUCAGGCUGUUACAAUAUCUCCAAUGAGGCGGUCUUUGAUGUGGUGUCGCUCUGCCCCAACCUGGAGCACCUGGAUGUAUCAGGGUGCUCCAAAGUGACCUGCAUCAGCCUGACCCGGGAGGCCUCCAUUAAACUGUCCCCCUUGCAUGGCAAACAGAUUUCCAUCCGCUACCUGGACAUGACGGACUGCUUCGUGCUGGAGGACGAAGGCCUGCACACCAUCGCCGCGCACUGCACACAGCUCACCCACCUGUACCUGCGCCGCUGCGUGCGCCUCACCGACGAGGGCCUCCGCUACCUGACGAUCUACUGCCCUUCCAUCAAGGAGCUGAGCGUCAGCGACUGCCGCUUUGUCAGCGACUUCGGCCUGCGGGAGAUUGCCAAGCUAGAGGGCCGCCUGCGCUACCUGAGCAUCGCGCACUGCGGCCGCGUCACGGACGUGGGCAUCCGCUACAUCGCCAAGUACUGCGGCAAGCUGCGCUACCUCAACGCGAGGGGCUGCGAGGGCAUCACGGACCACGGCGUGGAGUACCUCGCCAAGAACUGCGCCAAACUCAAAUCCCUGGACAUCGGCAAAUGCCCUUUGGUCUCCGACACCGGCCUGGAGUGCCUGGCCCUGAACUGCUUCAACCUCAAGCGACUCAGCCUGAAGUCCUGCGAGAGCAUCACGGGCCAGGGCCUGCAGAUCGUGGCUGCCAACUGCUUCGACCUGCAGAUGCUGAACGUCCAGGACUGCGAGGUCUCGGUGGAGGCCCUGCGGUUUGUGAAACGCCACUGCAAGCGCUGCGUGAUAGAGCACACCAACCCUGCCUUCUUCUGAAGGGACCGCUUGCACCUGUCCUCGUGUUCACCCAAAUGCGAACAAAGCAAAAUGGUAAAAGAAAAAAAAAAAAAAAAGCAGCCUAUGUAAGCACAGGACACCCACUCAUAACAGCUAUUCCUUCCAGGAAGGUUUGGGAAUCUUGGUUUUUGAUUGUUUUGUUUGUCGGUUUUUGUUUUCCUAAUUUCUCAUGGGCAACAAAGGUUAAAGAAGAAAAAAAUAUAUAUACAUUCCUGUUACAGUAAACAAACGUUCUUAGGAAUACAGGCUUUUUGGUUUUUGGCUUUUUUUUUUUUUUUUUCCUUAUUUCUCUUAGGCAACAGAAGUCCAAGAGGGGGGGAAAUACACAUUCCUAUUUCAGUAAAUAGUAUUUUUGGGGGGAUCAGGGCAUUUGUAGGCAGUUUCCUUCCUACACACUCAGCUGCUAACCAAAAGGUUGGAGGUUUGAGUCCAUGCAGAGGUACCUCAGAAGAAAGGCCUGGCAAUCUACUUCCUCAAAAAUCAGCCAUUGAAAACCCUAUGGAACACAGUUCUGCUCUGACACACAUGAGGUCACCGUGAGUUGGAAUCAGCCAUAACUGGUUUAUUUUCCUCUCACAAAAGGUGGACCUGAGCAGUCUAGUUACAGUGUCGUUCUAGCCUACACACCCACAGACCUCCACACCCCAAAUCUCCUUUCAACAAUCAAUAACAGAACAUCAGAAUAAUGAUGCUGUCUGGAUCUCCUCCUCUUUAAACUGCUUAAUUGGCCCAAAACACCCUCUUCAAUCCCACCCCUAAGCAAAUUCUUGUUCCAUAAAUGCCAGUCACUUUAUACACACAAAGUGUCUUCCCAACCUUUUGGAAGACUGCCGAGAGCAGCAUGACGGAGAAGGAGCCCUUCAUUCUUCUCCCAGCUCUGCCACUGACUAGCUGUGUGACCUUGGGUGGUACCCUUCACUCUCUGAGCUUCAGCUUCCGGCCCUGAAUCAGAGGUCCUGCAGCUCUAGGAUUUGCCCAUUUUAGAAUCAAGGGAUCUGAGAUGCCCAUAAAUAGAAGCACACUGACCUAAAGGAAUCGACCUCUCCCAAGAGUGCUGAUUCUGUGUCUGGGCCAUGCUUCUGGGAGAUUUUGAGGUGCCAGCAUAAGUGCACAAAGUGUCCUGUAUGCCCUCUUGCCCCAAUCCAAGCAUCACCCACAUCCCCGAUUCUUGGGGGGUGCAUCUGUUGCACAUCAUCUCAUGCCCUGCUGGAUGCUGGGGUACCCCUGCACAAGUACUUUCAGCAUUACCCCACUCCACAGCGUCUUAGGAAGGCUCCAGAAAUCCUGGUCACAGCAGAGCCCAGAGCCCACAAUCAGUUGCCCUUUCAGGUAUUUUCAGAUGGAGGCAAGACCCUCACACUUUUUAAUGAGCAAGCAAGGCCCCAGUACAUUCAUGUCCCCAAAGGUUUGCUCAUCCUCCUUUGUGCACACGUGGAGUGCGUCAGGCAUCUCUAUCUUCCUGCCGGCCACAGGUGCCUGGACUGUCUGCCCUUCCGCUCGCAUUUCUACUUGCCUCAUCUAUUUAUUUCUUUAUGUGUUCCAUCUUCAUCCCAUGAAGCCUCUUGGGGUUCCAUUUGUAAGUGUUUAAUUGUGCAAAUUACCACUUUGUGUACCUCCCUUUGUGGCUGUCUGCAUGUUUUCCUCCAAAGAAUGCCAAGCCAACUUGCAGAUGUUUAAAUGCUGUCCGCUCAAAAUGCCGGACAAAUAGGAGGCAGACCACCAACCAUGCUCUUGGGAUAGAACAUUACAAUGAUUACCAAAUACAGAUUUCUGUUGGUCCCUAUUUGGAUAGAAAUCCAUUUGCAAACUUCAACCAUAUGAAAUCAGGACACCAGAAGAAAUUCCGUUGCUCAUUUGGAUGAAAUUCAGUUGCCUUUUGCUAAUAGACAUAUCACCUUCCCCAGAUUAUUUUCUGGUCAAGCCCCUCCUUCAUCACUCUUAGAAGUGCUCCUUCAUUUCCUUCUCAAAGGGUCCACCUUGCAAACCCUGCACCUCUGCUCUCCCAGCCAAGCACACUGGUACAUUUCAGAUCAGGCCCCCACCCUGCUCGACAACUGCACCCCCACUGUAGGCUCCAUGCACCCCCUUUGUCUUGUGUUGGGAGGAAGGAGUUAGGCUGAGGUGGUGUCCUUCAAGUAUCAUGUGAAACAUGGCCUCUUGUACAAUCAACAUCAUCAUCAACUUAGACAUGCAAUCAACGCCCUGUGCCAUGGGGGAAAAUGAAUCGUUUGACUGGGAACAGAGUAUAGAGAGGGCCACCGUCUAGAUAGCCUUUUCUAGAGUUUAGCAAUGGGAAGGAGGUGGAAGGUGCAAUUGCCCUACUCUGACUUGUGACCCUGUUUAAAGUGUCUGGAUUCCAGGGUCCUAAAGGAUUGGCCCUAACCUAAUCCUUGGCAUCAGGGUCUUCCAAGUGAGCUGUUUUAAGACUCCCCAAAUGAGAAGGGAGAUGCAGAACAGCUCCCAAAACAGAGAGUGGGCUUCCCGUUAUGAAUAUCUCUAUUACCAUCACUUGACCACAUCAGCUGAGCUAUCUUCCAAACAUCAGACAAAGCGGACUUUUCACAUUGAUUGCCCAGCCCUCCUGUCUUUUCCAGAGUCUUCCCUCCUCCCAGUCUUCUCUUCAUCCAUUCUGCUUCCCUGGGAGUAUGGAUCUAUGACAGAGGUUGCUGGGGAAACAGCUCAGCAGAUUUUUAGAGACCAAGCAAAAGGCCUCACUGGGAAAUUUAUCUUUUGGAAAACAUUGCUUCCUUUCUGGCUCUGCUGAAUUGAAUGCGCAUUGUUUUUUUUUAAUUCUAGUGUUCAAAUCACUGCGUGCUGUAUGACUCUAGAAAGCCUUAAUUUACUACCACCAAGAAAUAAAGCAAUAUGUUGGUAA